AUGGCAUUACCUAUCAAAGGACGUGUUAUCAUUGACACUACCGUCGGCGAAAUUGACAUUGAGCUAUGGUCCAAGGAAACUCCCAAGACGUGCCGCAACUUUUUGACGCUGGCUAUGGAGGGAUAUUAUGAUGGAGUAAUAUUCCACCGUGUAGUACCCGGGUUCUUGGUGCAGACUGGUGAUAAAACAGACGUUUUCGAGGAUGAGAUUCACCCGCGACUACGGUUCGCUCAUCGUGGGCUCGUGGCCAUGGCCAACAACGGGAGGAAGAACUCAAAUGAUUCGCAGUUCAUAAUCACUCUUGACAGAGCGGACGAGCUACAUGGAAAACAUACGUUGUUCGGACGACUCGUCGGAGACACAGUAUACAAUGUCAUGAAAAUAGGCGAAAUGGAGCUCGACAGCGAUGGACGACCGCUAUAUCCACCCAAAAUCAAGGGCAUACGCAUAGUCGACAAUCCCUUUGAGGAUAUCGUCCCUCGAAUUACAGCAGAGGAGAGACGCGCUCAGGCUCGCGCAAGAGAGCAAGCACAGCAGGAGAGGGAAGAAAUGGAGCGACGUAAGGGAGCGAAAAAGUCAGAUUUUCUGUUCUCAUAUGACACUGCUGAAGAGGAACCUGUCUCGUUUAAAAAGAAGGGGAUUGCCCGGCCAGAUUUGGCGGAGGAUCCUCAGCCUUCAGUAUCAAUUCCCGACUUCGUGAGCAAUCCUCCCAAGUCAAGUGUGAAGACAUCCGAGGAGACGACAGAGUCAAAGGCCAAGAAGAAGAGAGAUGCCUCCGAUCUAACCAAAAUUCGGGAACAGCACGCUCAAGGGCAGGCUGCUGGAGAGAAUGCCCGCAAAGCCGAGAUUGAGAAGAUGGAAGGCAGAAAUUCGGAAACUUGCGAAGGCGGCCGUUCAGCGAAACGCACCAAGAAGUCGUACCUCGAGGAGGAGCUUUCCAAGUACUCAAAGGGUCGUGGUUUACACAAGAAGGGCAAGCGGCGGGACGAAGGAGAUAUCCUUGCUGCCUUGAAUUCGUUCCGUGGAAAGUUGCAAAGUACAAUGCUGGAGGAGCCAGAACCUCUGGAUGACGCCGGAGAACCGAAUGGGGAGAAUGCUCCAGGGCCCGUUGAGGGGGACCCUGGUAUAGAAGUUGAUGACGAUCGUGGAUUUUUGGGACACGCACUACAUUUCCCGAAGGACGAUGGCGAGGAGAGUAGGAAAGCAGAGCGGGACUAUGAGGUUAUUGAUCCACGGCAACGAAACGCCCGGGCUAAAGAAGAGGAACGGGAGAGGAAGAGAGCUAUGAAGGCGAAAGCGGGGCGUGGAGGGAGGAGACGAUAA